UAUUUGUUUACCAUUUGUUAAGUAGUUACGGGCUAAAAUCUAUGGCUCUUGUAUAAUAUUAGUAAACAUCAGUGUCCCAGCAGUGUCUGCGCAUGCGCGGCGCGUCAGAUCCGGGUCUGCGGAAGAUGAAUGUAAAUGUUAAAGAUGGCGGCGGAUGGAGGAGGGAAGGAGAUGAACGAGAUCAAGAGUCAGUUCAGCACGCGGGAAGGUGCGUAUAAACUCCUCACGCACUCCGAAUACAGCCGACCGAACCGCGUGCCCUUCAACUCUCAGGGCUCGAACCCCGUCCGAGUCACUUUCGUCAACGUCAACGACCAGUCCGGGAACGGCGACAGAAUCUGCUUUAAUGUGGGCCGGGAGCUUUACUUCUACAUCUAUAAAGGCGUCCGGAAGGCAGCUGAUUUGAGUAAGCCGAUAGACAAGAGAAUAUACAAGGGAACGCAGCCCACGUGUCAUGACUUCAACCAUCUCACAGCCACGGCCGAGAGCGUAUCACUGCUGGUGGGUUUCUCGGCUGGGCAGGUCCAACUCAUUGACCCCAUCAAGAAAGAGACGAGCAAACUCUUUAAUGAAGAAAGACUUAUAGAUAAAUCUAGAGUAACAUGUGUGAAGUGGGUGCCAGGCUCCGAGAGUCUCUUCCUAGUCGCUCAUUCCAGUGGAAACAUGUACCUGUAUAACGUGGAGCACACGUGCGGCACCACAGCGCCUCAUUACCAGCUGCUCAAGCAGGGCGACAACUACGCUGUUCACACCUGCAAGAGCAAGUCCACGCGCAACCCUCUGCUCAAGUGGAUGGUCGGGGAGGGAGCGCUGAACGAGUUUGCCUUCUCUCCCGAUGGGAAGUUCCUGGCCUGCGUGAGUCAGGACGGUUUCCUGCGGGUCUUUAACUUUGAUGCGGUCGAACUGCACGGGACCAUGAAAAGUUACUUCGGCGGGCUUCUUUGUGUGUGUUGGAGCCCGGACGGCAAGUACAUCGUAGCAGGCGGUGAGGACGAUUUAGUGACCGUGUGGUCAUUCGUGGACUGUCGGGUGAUCGCACGCGGACACGGACACAAGUCUUGGGUUAGCGUGGUGGCGUUUGACCACUACACAACCAGCGUGGAGGAGAGCGACCCCAUGGAGUUCAGCGGUAGCGACGAGGACUUCCAGGAUCAGAUCCACUUUGGCCGCGACCGGUCUAACAGCACGCAGUCACGCCUCUCCAAACGCAACUCGACGGACAGCAGGCCGGUGAGUGUCACAUACCGCUUCGGCUCGGUGGGGCAGGACACUCAGCUUUGCCUAUGGGACCUCACGGAGGAAAUCCUCUUCCCUCACCUCCCUCUGUCCCGGGCGAGGACACACACGAACGUGAUGAACGCUACCAGUCCGCCAGCCACAGGAAGCGGAGGCGGCGGAACGGUGUCAACGAUGACCAACAACCCGAGCGCCAACGGCAGUAAUAACAGCGGCUCGAACACGCCGGGCAACUCGCUCCCAGCGACACUGCCGCGCUCCAACAGCCUUCCACAUUCAGCUGCCGGCAGCGCCAACAGCAAGAGCGCCAUUUCAGAUAACCCCAUCGCCACCGGCGUAAGCAAGUUCGCCACGCUCUCGCUGCACGACCGCAAAGAUCGGCAUCCCGAAAAAGACCACAAGCGCAAUCACAGUAUGGGUCACAUAAGCAGCAAGAGCAGCGAUAAACUCAACCUGCUCACCAAAACCAAAACGGACCCCGCCAAGACCCUGGGCACGCAGCUGUGCCCUCGUAUGGAGGACGUGCCCUUGCUCGAACCGCUCAUCUGUAAAAAGAUCGCACACGAGAGACUCACAGUUCUCAUCUUUCUAGAAGACUGUAUCGUUACCGCUUGUCAAGAGGGAUUUAUUUGCACAUGGGCGAGACCCGGCAAAGUGGGUUUAUUGUCAUCACAGAAUCAAGCCAACUCUCCGAGCGGCACAGUCGUAUAGCCGCAAUAUUCCUGCUCUUCUUUAUCCUCUCGGUUCUCGAUAUGUUCCUCGCCGGUGGCCCGUGUGCAUCAGUGGAAAGGAUGUGCUGCUGCCAUACAGUUUCUUUUGUUUUUUCCCUCUUUUCCCAAGUAUUUAUUUGGAUUUUGUUGUUUUCACUCUCACUUUAUGAUUUUUUCCUCUGGUGUAUUUGAAGCUUGGUUAAGCUGUGGGAAAUCAUUUACUCAUGGGUGAAUACGAGUCUGCCUUGAACUCGGUACACUGCGAGAUCUAGUGGUGAAAACGAGAGGCAGCAAACCCAAGACUCACUCCAUCCCGAUUCCAUUUUAAUAAGGUUUAUUUUCCUCUUUCAUACGGAAUAGAUUCGAGCCCUGAUGUUAAACUGCACUGAUGUUGUUUGUAAAUGUUAUAAAGGAUCAAAAAGAAAGAAAGGAAGGUUUGGGGAAGGCCUUGACACUCUUGGCUUUAAUAUCCUCUGUCUUGAAAUUUGAAUCUGAAAAAGCUGGAUGCUGCAAUCAUAGUUUUUUAAAAGAGAAUUAGUUUGCACUUAAUAGUUUAUUAGAAGAGAAUGGCUUUACAUUGUUGUGUGCGAGGACUCACGGACCGGUAUAACGGAGAAUUAUGACUUUGUAUCUAUUGAGCAUUUAUUUUAAUAUUGUUUCAGAUAAAAAUCUGCUUUGUAUUAUAUGUAUAAUAUUGUAAAUCAGUGAUUUAAUGGGACAAAAGCAAAUGAUCAGUACUCUAGAGGACGUUUUGUCAUCAUUACAGGAAAUAGUGAUAUUUCUGAAGCAGAAAAAUAUACAUAUUAAUAAUAUUAAAAAAUAAUCUAAAAUAUG